CCACGUGGUGGGUGUCAUUCAAUUAAGUAUUUUAAUUAAUUUUCUAAAAACUAGGAAUCAUUAGUGUAUUUUUUAAAAAAACAGGAGAGGUUCCGGCUGGCCGACAAAAUUUCCAUUUCGACUCCACUUAAAAAUGGCCGAGUUGACGCCAGCAUUAAACAGAGACGUGGUCCACCGCAUUUCCAAAUUUCUCCCAGUUUCCGACCUCUUAUCUUGCCGACUGGUCGACACCGCUUGGAAUUCAGGGGUGUUACCCGAAUUCCGAAAACGUUCCACACUCUACCUAACCUGUCAGGAACUCUCCCGCCAUCACUUCACUGAAACCAUGUCCUUCUACCAGUUGCACAACGUCUCGAUCAAAUUCGGUUCGGAUUCGGACCCGGCUCAAAAUAUUAAUUACGCCUUAUUCCUGAAAACCCUCCAAUUCCGGAGACUUUCUCUAAAUCCGAUCCGAAUCGGGGGUCAAGCCGAGCUGGAUUUGUUCCUGGGAAUUCUAUUCGGCUCAAGGGAAAUGUUAGAAGAGCUAUCCAUGGAUUUUGACCCCUUCAAAGUUUCCAUGGAGGAAUCGCCGUGGAGUCACAAAUUUCCCAAAGUGACGCGACUAUCCCUCUCGAGACCGAACCCGGCCGAAGGGGAGGAUAAAAGCGAAAAUGAUACAUUUUUUACCGGAAUUCUGACAGCAUUCCCGGCCUUGAAGAAUCUAACCGUUUCUGGGAAUCUACUCCGUGUCCUAUUUUCCAGCAAAGAUUCCAUCAACGCAAGCAUCAUCACCCAGCUAACUCUUCCCUGCAGCUCGGCCCCCCUGACUCAGGACGAGUUACACCCUUUACUCCAACUCCCCACCGGUCACCUUUCCAAACUAACCAUAAACUCGAUCCUAUCCCCGGAUCGAGCCAUGUCCGACUUGUACAUCCUCCUCUUUCGCCACGCCUCCACCUUGAGGGUGCUCAGUCUCCAGAUUCACGCCCAAUUUGCAGGAUUCCUUCUAUUCCCGAGGUUUCCUGCCUUGAAAAAAUUUUCAUUUUCCAUGCAGCAUGGCGACGUCGAGAUUUACUUUGUAAAACCCGCCUUCUCCACGGCCACCCCGGGCCGACAGGUGGGACUAAUUCUGGCGAAAAAUUAUUACGGUGGGAUCGACUACCGAUACCAUUUCCCAAAAUUGGAAAGUUUCCAAUGUGGAUCAUGUGGGACGUGGUCAGCGACCUGUUUUAAAGCCUGGUUUCCGUACGAUUUUCGAAAUCCGGCCUACGUUUGUAAGACUGUAAAAUAUUUUGAGUUUGAGGAACACGAUACGAAAGCAAGAUUAAGGGAGGGGAAGAUAUCCGAUAAGUAUACCAGACUUCCACGCCUUUUUCCGAACGCGGGUAAUGAGUACGUUCAGUUAAUUAAGAAGUGUAGCCCAUAACUUAGGAUUAAUUAGUAAUUAAUUACAUACUUCCAUGUCCAAACCAAUAAUAUUUCCUAAUUAUACAUACGUAAA